AUGAAUAAGGGCGACAAAAUCAAUGGAGAAGAUGUGUGGCAAGAUCGAGAGAUUCGCUUUGAUGUUGAUGCAAGAAUGUUACGACUAAUCCCGGGAGAGGUUCUUGUAGAUAAAAUUGAUAAUGUUGAAGACACGAAGGGGAAUAAUGGAGAUCGAGGAGUGAUGAGGGUGACGAAUUUGAGAUUGAUCUGGCAUGCAAGUGCGAUGCCGAGAAUCAAUCUUUCAAUCGGUUAUUCAACGGUGAAUGGGAUAUCGGCAAAGAAAGCCAACUCGAAAAUUCGUGGUGAAGUUGAAUCACUUUACAUUAUGGCCAAAGCUCCAUCCACUCGUUUUGAGUUCAUUUUUACGGCUCUCAAUCCAGGAAAUGUUCGACUUUUUACAACCGUCAUGUCGAUUCACCGGGCUUACGAAACGACAAAAAUGUAUCGAGAGUUGAAGAUGCGUGGAGCUGUGGUCGAUGAGAAUGAACAGCUGCGGAUUUUACCUCUAGAGCAACAAGCUGAUCGGAUGGGUGGAGUUUGGAAUCUGAGCAGCGAUCAAGGAAAUCUGGGUGUCUUUAUCAUCACAAAUGUACGCGUUGUUUGGUAUGCGUCGAUGAAUCCCCAAUAUAAUGUUUCCAUUCCCUAUCUACAGCUUUUUAGCUGCAGAGUUCGUGACUCAAAAUUUGGAUUGGCUCUGGUUCUGGAAACCACUUCUACAAGUGGCGAAUAUGUGCUGGGAUUCCGGAUUGAUCCAGAAGAAAAACUACAACAGGUAUGCAAAGCGAUUCAAUCGCUACACAAAUCUUUCAUGAUGAAGCCAGUGUUUGGGGUACAAGUGACACGAGAGAGACCGGCAACGCCUCGUUUGGGCGCAACAGAAGCCAUGGAUACGGUAGAGGAUGAUGUGGAGGUGUUGGAAAAAAUGGGACGACCUGACGCUUUUGCUGCCUAUUUCUCGGAUGGAAUUGUUUCCGAGGAACCAAGACUACCGGUUUUCUCGGAGGAAUUGGGGCUGGCCGUCGAGCAGCUGAAACAUGAGCGAUUAAAGCUUCUCAAUGUCGGAAAGAUGUCGAGAAUGACUGGUAAAAGUGGUCAAAACGGUAGAAGCGAUCGUCACAAAUCCGAAUCCAGCUCCGACACCGAUCGAGAACUUUAUCGAGCGGCAAAACGCGAGCACUCUCCACCGCGAAAAAGGAAGGACCAUUCAAGGAACUCUCCACCGCCAAUGAGUCGCAGCCGCCGAUCUCGAUCUCCAUCGCCAUCAAAUUCACGGAGGGGAGACUUUCGAGAAAAAAGGCGCUCUCGGGAUCGCUCAAGAUCAAAAUCUAGAGGGGAUCGGCGACGCAAAGAUGAGAAGCGAAGACGUGGUCGGUCAAAGUCUUCCGAGAAAGAUCGUAAAAAGAGUGAACGAAAAUCGAAGCGAAAAAGAUAUAGCUCUGGAGAGUCUACGGAUGAUCUUGUUGAACUUCGCGAGGGCUCAACAUUGGGCAGUUUGAUAAAGAAAAAACAAGGCGAUUCCGAGCACAAAAAGAAAAAGAAGAAAGGCUCAAAAGACUCUAGUUCUUCAUCGACGAGUUUUGAUGAUGAGACGCCCAUCGAGCGUUCAAAGAUUGCUGGAUUGCAGGCACCAAGUAAUGGAUAUUACCUGCCGUAUGGAGCUUCUCUUCCUAAUACUGGUGCAGGCCCAUCAGGAAUUGUGUUUAAUUCGGGCGAUCAGGCGCCAUCCAUUUCAACUUUCCACAUUCCUAUGCCACCCGGACCAGCUCAAACAUAUUCAGUGAUGAAUAUUCCCGUACCGCCUCUGAUGGCUCAACCGAUCCAUGGAGCUGUUCAUCAAUCUGCUCAAAAUCUCCCGCCAACCAUUGCAUCGGCACCCAUUCAUGCCCACUUUUCUUUGCAACAAUCACAGCAGAUUGUUGCCAACAUUGCACCCUCAACUCUGGCAGAACCCGUCUUGACCCAUCUACCUCCACAGGCACCUCACCAGCCUGUUCGUAGAAAGCGUCCAACGGUUCUUAAUGCCGUUCAACGACCAGUCCAUUUUGAUCCAUGGGGUGUUGGAUUUGUCGAGCAAUACGAUGUUAAAGAUCAAGUUGGAGAAGGAACUUAUGGACAAGUUUACAAAGCCGUGAACAAAUUUUCAGGUGAGCAAGUUGCUUUAAAGAAAGUUCGGCUGGAAAACGAAAAAGAGGGCUUUCCGAUCAGCGCGGUUCGUGAAAUCAAGAUUCUUCGUCAACUAGACCACAAAAAUAUUGUCCGCUUGAUAAACAUUGUCACCGAUAAGACUCAAGUGGCAGAUUGGCGCCACACGAAAAAUUCAUUUUAUCUUGUUUUUGAAUAUGUUGAUCACGACUUGAUGGGACUUUUGGAGUCUCACAUGGUUACUUUUACUGACGAACAGAUUGCUGGCUUAUUUAAACAGUUGCUAGAGGGUCUCGAGUAUUGCCAUGCCAAAAAUUUUCUUCAUAGGGAUAUCAAAUGCUCAAACAUUUUGGUGAACAACAAAGGGGAGUUGAAACUCGCAGACUUUGGAUUGGCUCGAUUAUUUUUGCACGAUGUCGAUCGUCCGUACACGAAUCGGGUUAUAACACUGUGGUAUCGACCACCUGAGUUGCUGCUCGGUGAAGAAAAGUAUGGUCCAAGUGUAGAUGUAUGGAGCGUUGGAUGUAUCUUGGGCGAACUUUACAACAAGAAACCGCUCUUCCAAGGUCAAACAGAACAAUCGCAGUUAGACCUAAUCACUAAGAUUUGCGGCUCACCAACUCCGCAAAACUGGCCGGAUGUGGCGAAUUUGCCUCUGUACCCUACUUUUAUUGCAAAGCGGGUGCAUCCAAGAAAUCUAAAGACAGCGCUUGCAUUUAUUCCUCGGGCAACACUGGAACUACUAGAUAAAUUGCUGGCCCUCGAUCCAAAAAAACGCCCAACGUGCUCUGAAGCACUCCGCCAUCCUUUUGUUGCAAAUAUUGAUCCCAACAAGGUAAAACCUCUAAGCCUGCCUAUUGAACAAGAUUGUCACGAGUUGUGGUCGAAACGAUUGAGAAAAGAGAGGCAAAUGCGGCUGCAAAACUCUUCACAGCAAAAUCUUGUUGAGGCAGCUUCACCGGAACAAAUGGAUACCACUCGUAAAGAAAGACCGGACAUAGUUGCCAUGUUGAUACAAAAACGCUCGAUUGGUUCGAUCCUCGCGGCGGUAGAGCAGCUCACGGACAACGAAGCCGAAGAGACUUUGCAGAAAUGCAUGAUGCAGAAGAUCCCAAAGUUUCCGUUUGACAGAUCGCGCCCAGCACGCAUGCAACUUAACGAUUUGAUACAAGAUCUUCUCAAAUCUUCGGCGCAGUCAAAAGGUGCUUUUCCGGAAAACAAAGCUAAAGCA